UAAUAUCAUAAACACAGACGCCGACUUAGUUACUUACUUAGAUUAAUAAAGUUACUUACCAAUUAAUUACACGUCACAAUUAAUUACCUUUUAACUUAAAGUUAAUCAAUUGAAUGUUCAAUUGAAUUAUUAUUUUAUGAGCGGCCCUUGGUUUUCAAUGUCAGAUUUGACACUUAAGUGUCAAGUUUGUGUGUUUCUUAUUCCAGCUGAUCUACAAUGUUUAGAAUAAUCGAUCUUAUUAACGUCGACGAUGAAAAAGUUGAAAAAAAAGAAGAUAAUAUUAAAUGGCAGGAGUGUGAAGAAGUUAUGCCAUCUAAACAACUCAAGGAUUUUGAUGAAAUGGUGAAACAUGCUAACAUGUUUACUUGUGGAGACAUAGAGAUCGGUCAUAUAAAUGUAAAUGAAGCUAUAGCUAACAUGAGUUUGGAAAACGCUUCAAAACUAGCAGAAGAAGAAAAUAGCGAUCUGGUAACUGGUAUAUACGAAGGUGGCCUUAAAAUUUGGGAGUGUACAAAAGACAUGCUUGAGUAUUUAGCAGACAAUGAAAGUAAAAUUAUAUUGAGAGACAAGAAGGUUUUGGACCUGGGAUGUGGGGCUGGUAUAUUGGGUAUAUACUCCUUUCUAAAAGGAUCAAAAGUAACAUUCCAAGAUUAUAAUAGAGAAGUCUUGGAAUAUGUCACAAUACCUAAUGUUAUUUUGAAUAUCGAAGAAGAAGAUGCAUGGGAACAAGAAUUGAAGAAAUGUAACUUCUUUUCGGGCGAUUGGAGUUCUUUUAAUAAGAAACUUGGUGAUGAUGACAAGUUUGACAUUAUUCUUACUUCAGAGACGAUUUAUAAUGAAGAUAACUAUGAAAAACUAACAAAUCUAUUCAUAAAGAGACUUAAGGAGGAUGGUGUUGUUUAUGUAGCUGCAAAGACAUGUUAUUUUGGUGUAGGGGGUGGCAUAAGGCAAUUUGAAAGUUCAAUCAAUAGUAAUAAAUCUCUUGAUUGUGAAGUCUGUUGGAAAAACACUCAUGGCAUUCAGAGAGAAAUAUUAAAAAUAACGCGAAAAUUAUAAUAAACCAUUUAUUAA